AUGCAUGAUCUCAUCAUUGACUUAGCUAUGUUCAUGUCUAAGGGAUUUUCUUACAGGUUGGAAGUGAGGGAAUCACAUGAAAUAGAAAGAGUUCGUCAUUUGUCAUAUGCAAGGGAAGAAUUUGAUGUUGCUCAUAAAUUUGACCCAUUAAAGGGGGCUAAGUGUUUGCGGACCUUCUUGCCUACCUCUUUGAAUCCAUAUGAAAAGUGUUAUCUAAGCAAACAGGUUCUACAAGUUUUGUUGCCAUCACUAAGAUGUUUACGGGUCUUAUCAUUGUCACGUUAUAAGAAUGUCAAUGUAUUACCUGAUUCUAUUGAAAAUCUCAUUCACUUGCGAUACUUGGAUCUCUCCUAUACUGCACUUGAAAGGUUACCUGAUGUUCUUUGCGGUUGCAAGUCUCUUACUAAAUUGCCUGUAGAUAUGAGAAAAUUGAUUAAUUUGCAUCAUCUUGAUGUCAGUGGAACUAAGAUUGUAGAGAUGCCAGUGCAAAUGGGUAGACUUAAAAGUUUGAGAACAUUGGCUGCUUUUGAUGCCUUGCAAGGCAAUUUGAAGGAUAAGAAAGAUCUAAAAGGGUUCGUGUUGGAAUGGAGUGAUGAGGAUGCAGAUGAUUCCCUAAAGGAGAAAGAUGUACUUGACAACCUCCAACCUUGCGUGAAUUUGGAGAAACUAACCAUUAGAUCCUAUGGUGGAACCCAAUUCCCUAAUUGGUUAAGAGACUCGUCCUUCUUUAACAUACAAGUCCUGCGUCUCAAAGAUUGUAGUUACUGUUGGUUGAUGCCACCAAUUGGGCAGCUACCUGCUCUCAAGAAGCUCAGAAUAAAAAGGAUGAAACUGGUUAAGACGAUUGGUGUUGAGUUCUAUGGAAGAAAUGAAGAUUCUCCAAUUCAGCCAUUUCAAUCUCUGGAGAAGCUGCAGUUUGGGGAAAUGGCAGAGUGGGAGGAAUGGGUACCAAGUGGAAGUGGAAGUGGAGGUGAAUAUGGUCCAGACUUUCCUCGUCUCCAGGAGCUGUUUCUAAAAGAUUGUCCGAAGCUUAGAGGAAGCUUGCUCUUGGCUUGUCAUCUGCCUUGCUUGAAGAAGCUUUGGGUGUCUACAUGA